AUGACCGAAGACCACCCCAUUCUCUCAUGGCGCCCCAUCCCAGCCCUAUCCCUAACCGCCUCCCACUCUCUCUCCGUUGACCACGACCCCCUCUGGAAGACCUCCCACCUCACUUACGGCGUCUCCUCCGCCGGCACCGGAAUUCGCUGCAAUUUCGCCUGCAUUUCCGUCGCCGAGAAGCGCGAGCAGCAUAAGGAGUUCGCGCCCUCCGCCGCGCAGCUCCUGAAGCAUCCACUCGCCAUACUCGCUUGCGUCCCCAAGGACCUGGCGCUGUUCUGCGCCGGAGCUGUUGCAGGCGCCGCGGCCAAGACCGUCACGGCGCCGCUUGACCGCAUCAAGAUUCUUAUGCAGACUCAUGGGGUGCGAGUUGGGCAAGAAAGUGCUAAGAAGGCUAUUAGUUUUGUUGAGGCCAUAGCAAUGAUAGGGAAGGAAGAAGGACUUAAAGGGUACUGGAAAGGAAACCUUCCACAGGUGAUACGGAUCAUCCCUUAUAGUGCUGUUCAGCUUUUUGCGUAUGAAGCUUACAAGAAAUUUUUUACUGGAAAAGAUGGUGAGCUCUCUCUUCUUGGAAGACUAGCAGCAGGUGCUUGUGCAGGGAUGACAUCCACUUUUGUCACAUAUCCAUUAGAUGUCUUGAGGUUACGUUUAGCAGUUGAACCAGGGUACCGAACUAUGACUGAGAUUGCCUUAACCAUGCUACGAGAGGAAGGAUUUGCAUCCUUCUAUUAUGGUCUUGGACCUUCUCUUAUUGGAAUAGCUCCAUACAUUGCUGUCAAUUUUUGUGUCUUUGACUUGGUGAAAAAGUCUUUACCAGAGGAAUUUCGAAAUAAAGCUGAAGCAUCUCUAUUAACGGGUUUGGUCUCAGCUUCCCUUGCCACACUCACAUGCUAUCCUUUGGACACUGUGAGAAGACAGAUGCAAAUGAGGGGCACUCCUUACAAGAAUGUUUUGGAUGCAAUUCCAGGUAUUGUGGCUCGUGAUGGACUCAUAGGCUUGUAUAGGGGUUUCUUACCUAAUGCUUUGAAAACUCUACCAAACAGCAGCAUUAGGCUUACUACUUACGACAUGGUCAAACGUCUGAUUGUGACCAGUCAGAAGGAGUUUCAGCGAAUUGUGGAGGAAAAUAGCAGUGAACAACAGCAGAAGGCUAGCUGAACAAUCCAGCAUCCGUUGCCCCCCUCUGUAUUGAACUAAACCACACCAUCACAAAGCUUAUCUUUCACCAAAUUUUUGCUAUCUGUUUUAUUAUCCACCAAAAUUCAUCUUUCUAUUGGUGAAAGACCGAAAAACUGCUAUUAUAAUAGGUAGCAUUUAGA